CAACAUUCUUCGAAUUACCUGUACCCAUGGCAACUCUUGUCUCUCUCAAACUUAGUUGUCACAUCUGUUACCGUCCGUUCAUUGGGGCAACAGAAUUAAAAAGCCAUCUUGCACUUCUCUUUCGUUUAAAGAUUACUACCACCACUGGCAAAACCAUUUAAGCGUUACAACUUUACUAUUUUAUAUCAAAACACCAUCCAAAACUACAUAUUCACAGUCUAGUACAUCCAGAUAGUCUGCUGUAUCAAUUCCGAGCUUUUUCACGGCAAAAAUGACAAGUCCUGGAAUUAAUGUCCAUCAUCAUGCGAAUGAUGAAUCAUGGGCACAGAAGGUGGCGAAGGGACUUCAGGCAAAGGUCCCAGCGCCCAUGAAUUCUAGGGAUCUGAUGAGUGAUCAGAUCCACUAUACUGCGGUGACCCUCUAUGAAGAUGAACACCUGAAGGAUCAAAUAAGAAUCCAUAGAGCUGAACAGAUCAUUCAACAAACGUUGGAAGAAGAAGCGAGGCAAUAUUUAUUGGAAGUAACUUUUGUUGAAAAUCAACAUGCAUGUGAUGCGAUUGAAAAAGGAAUUAUUAUCAACGAAGUCAACUACAGGGCAAGUCCUACCAGACUUCAUGGAUCAACUCAACCACUCCGCAUGACUAGAGUGUUUCUAAAUUAUGUGCCUAAGAAACAAUCAGUGCUAAAAGAAGGUAUACUUGAAUCGAUGAAAUUUUAUGGCAAAGUAUGUGAAAUCAAGAAGAUGAUGAAUGGAAACUUCUUUGAAGGUCAAAUAUCUAUCCUCCUUGACACCAAUGAUGAUGGUGUAGACAAGAAAUGCCGCCCGCUGCAACGAAUGUUAUAUAUGUCUCAUUGGGAUAGAUAUAUUCCUGCUACAUUUAAAGGUGCUCCACCAGUAUGUUAUCAAUGCAGACAGGCAGGACAUAUUCGCAAGGAAUGUCCAGUGAUGAAACAUGUGGUAAUUCAACACAUAAAGAUUUAA